CCUUCAUCCCUCAGUGAUUUUGAAGUAGAGACUGACAGGGGCUUAGUCAAAGGUCAUGCCUAUUCAGUGACAUCUAUCCUGAAAAUGUCUGUUGGACAGAAGCACCUGUGCGUUGGAAAGUCUAAGAAAUUCUUCAUGAUCCGAUUAAGGAAUCCUUGGGGAAACAAGGAAUGGAAUGGAGCAUGGAGUGAUGAGUCUGAGGAAUGGAAAAAAGUGAGCAAAUCGGAGCGCAUAAGAUUAGGUCUCACCCUUGAAAAUAAUGGAGAAUUUUGGAUGACAUUUGAAGACUGGUGCAAGAACUUUACUGAUGUGGACAUUUGUCGGAUUGUGAACACGUCUUUCUUCAGUAUCCAUAAGACCUGGGAAAAGAAAAUGAUGCGUGGAGAGUGGACCAAGAAUCCAGAUCCCUUGUUAAAUCGCUCUGGAGGGUGUUUAAACCAUGAAGCCACAUUUCUCCAAAACCCUCAGUACAUCUUUGAUGUUAAGAAGGUGGAGGACAAAGUCUUGAUCUCCCUACAGCAGAAGGACCAACGGAUUCACAGGAAAGAAGGGGCAGGAGAUAACCUUGUUAUUGGCUUUGAGAUUUUCAAGGUGGAGGAUAACCGAGAAUAUCGCUUGCACCAGUUGAAAAUACAAGAGAGAAUAACUAACUUCACCUACCUGAACAAUCGCAUCAUGUAUCUGAAAGUGCUUCUCAAGCAAGGCCGGUAUCUUUUGACCCCAACCACUUUUUCUCCAAACACUGAAGGGGAAUUUAUUCUGAGGCUCUUCACGGAUGUUCCAUCAGCACUUAGGGAGCUGAAACUGAACAAACCCAGGCUGUCUUUCCUGGAUAUCCUGCUGGGUGUCCCUAAGAGGGUGUCCCUCGUUAAAGUCUACAGGGUGGAAGGACUCCAGAGUCAGAGCAGUCACGGGGAAACCAACAUUUAUAUAAUUAUUAAGUGUGAGAACGGCAAGGUUCAGUCUCCCUCUCAGAAGAGCACGGGGGCCGCUCUUUUCAACACCCAGGCUGUUUUCUACAAAAGGAAGGUUGACAGCCCCAUUAUCGUCCAGGUCUGGCAUGAUGCCUUCUUUGACAGGUUCCUGGGAGAAGUCCGGCUGUCUGGGUCACCCAGUGACCCUCGGGAUCUUCAGAAGUAUCAGCUUCAUGGCCGAGGCCUGCAGGAAGCAGAAGAAGUGCCCGGUCAAAUCACCAUCAAGAUACUUUCUAGCGAUGACCUGGUGGAACUAUGAGUUGCAGAGGCUGAUGGACCCCGAGAGGGAGCGAUGCUGUUAGAAUCCCCUCUUUGGUUUGUAAUCUCCGGGUUGCACAUGGACAGUACAAAAAUUUGUAAAGAGAGACAGGUGGGACAGGAUUGUCGCCGAUGUACUGACCUCCUCUUCCUCCUUUCCUCAUUUACUCUCCAAAUUGUAAUCCGUGCUAAACGACGGUUCAUUCACAACCAUAUUUACAGCUUUUCAGCCUUUCGGUUGGGAAAAUAAGGUCAUGUCACAGAGCUAACCAGCUUAGCUUCCAAACCCAACUUCACACCAGUUUUCUCAGUGGAAGUGGCUUAUUGUUUGGGUCAACUGAGUUACUUUUGGGAUGAAAUACCAGCUUUGUCCCAGAUCCUGCCGGGACUGCUAAGAAGAGCCCUUGGUCUCUUCUGCGUCUUCAGAAUCGACGCAGCCACUGAAUAAGAGAUGCUAUAUUUGACGUGUGGGAUGACACAUCCCAUGAUGGGAGGCUUAAUGUUGCACAACGGCCAAAUAGCUCUCUUGCUUGUUGGAGUUGCAACAAAUGAGUAGCUUUUCUUCACACAGCCCUGUCUUGUACUCAAGUCAAAUCAUCAUCAUCACAUAAACGGAAAACUGUUCUCCAACAGUCGCCAUUUUU